AUGAAGGACCCGAAGCAAAUCAAGCAAGAUAUCUACUUGGCUGGUACCUUCUUGAUGGACAAGAGGGAGGGUGUGCUUCAAGAUGAACUUGAUGCUAUAAAAUAUUUACGGCAGGUUUCUGACGAUCUGCCAGUUGGUACUUAUACUGCCGCAGCGCAAUAUUUGUACGCACGGGCGUGUUUGAAUGGACUUGAAUACUUAGAAGAGGCCGUAAAAGCACGUGAUAAGAAUGCAUUAUUUUGGUAUGCUGAUAUUUUACUAAAUGGCGAACAUGAUGUACCAAUCGAUAUUAAGGAUGCCGAGAGAUAUUAUGGAGAGACUAACAGACCAGAUGCAGAAUCUGCAUUAGAGAAACUAAAAGCUAAGAUUGAAAACGGUUAG